AUGUCAAGAAAUUGGCCAGUCAAGCAGCUUGAUGUAUCCAAUGCUUUUUUGAAUGGAACAUUAAAUGAGUGUGUUUUCAUGGAACAACCUGAAGGGUUCAAAUUUCCUGGUAAAGAGAAUUAUACAGGGAGUUCAGCUAAGUUACUUACAGAUCUUACUUCUUACCUUGGUUUUGCAUUCAAGAUGAAGGAUUUCGGUGACUUGCACUAUUUUUUGGGCAUUGAGGUUUCUAGAAAUUCAAAGAAUUCCACCAUGUUACUUACUCAGACCAAAUACACCUUGGAUUUACUUAAAAAGGCUGAUAUAGUUGAUUGCAAGCAUUGCUCUACUCCUGUUGCUAAAGGUGCAAGAUGUUCUUUAUAUGAUGGAGAGUUAUUACAUAAUCCUCUGAUUUAUAGAAGUCUGGUGGGUGGACUUCAGUAUUUGACUAUGACAAGACCUGACAUAGCUUAUGCUGUUAGCUAUGUAUCUCAAUUUAUGCACCAACCUACUGUUGAGCAUAUACAAUUAGUAAAGAGGAUCUUAAGAUUUCUUAAAGGCAGUCCAGGCUCUGGAAUUAUAAUUGGCUCUUCUGAUUUGUCUACAUUAUCAGCUUAUUCAUAUUCUGACUGGGCAGGAUGCCCUGACACAAGAAGAAGUAUAUUUGGUUAUUGUGUUUUUUUGGUAUCUUCAUUGAUAUCAUGGACAUUUAAGAAGCAAUCAACAGUCUCCAGAAGUUCAGCAGAGGCAGAAUACAAAGCCUUGUCUAAUGCAGCAGCAUAA